UGCCUACAGCUUAAUGACGAGGAUUUUGAACAAGAUUCCUGAGGUGAACGACUGGAUCAGUGGGGGGCUGAAACUAGAGAAGUCGGAUCUCAGCGAGCUGCAGUACUUAAAGGACAUUCUGAAUUUCUCUGAGGUUCCUGUCCUCGAACCACUUUCGGACAACUUUACCCUGGAAACCUGCUUGAACCGUAUUGUCAAAGGUCUGGAAUAUCACAAAACUCUGCUGAAGGUGAUCAGCAAGCUGGGGCACUUUAAAUCUGAGGAGCUCGAUGGACUCCUCUACGACAUUCGGGACCUUUUGGUGCAGAUCCACAAGAUGCAGAAGCUGAUCGAGGCAGCGAACGUGUCAGAGCAGCUUUCGGAGAGCCAAAUGGAGGCAGAUUUGCUUCUCAAAUUAGAUACUACAUAUAUGACCAAGGUGGCAGCACAUCUGGCCCUGAUCCAGCUGAAAAUGUUCGGAGAGAACGUCAGCCGUACCCUCCGGAGCAUGAUUGUCUGAGACCCCCUGAGACCAGGA